CCCGAUACUGACCCCUGGGAAACGCCUUUCUCAAAAAGCAGCACCGAAGAAGAAUCCAAGAACUCCGACGGCACCUGCAAACGAAAAACCCUAGCCCAGUUGUAAGCAACGCAAUACACUUUUAGAUGCUCGAUUUUACGUUCAAAUUUAGACACCCCUAUGCAAAAGUGAGUUGGCUUAAUGGAUGAUGUUUAUGGAAAAAUAGAGGUUUUCCCGGAGUACUUCCAGGCCAGAAAAGCAUCUGAUGACUGUCUACAGACAAGGAAUCCAAGGACUGAUCAUUCAUUGAGAUCUUGUAGCCACUCGCCGGCUGUAAAAAGAGUGAUGGGAGCUGCAUCUUUGCUGAACUUUUUUUCUCUACCACGUCUUCAUUGGUCAUCUGGCAGUGAUGAUGAUGAUAAGAUUGUGCUGACUAAAGCUGAAGUAGAAUCACUUCAAUCUGAAAUUGCAGAUGCGGAAGAAAGAGAAGCUCAUCUGAAAGCUCAGUUGGAACAUCUUGAUGAAGUUUUGAGGUCUGCACGACAUUCUGGGUAUCUCUAUAUUCGAACUAGAUGGACACAACUUCCUGGAGAACCACCUAUUAUAGAUGAUGCAGAAGUUGAUGAUUGGCUUUCACGCUUUGUUGUUCUUCAAGGGUCAUGCAUCUUCUAUUAUCUCAAAUCUACAGAUUUGAGCCCUCAAGACUCCACACUAUUAUCUGAUGUUGUUGAAGUUGGGUCAUUGCCAAGCUUCAUACAAGAAGAUGAGCAAAAAAGAUAUUCAUUUUACAUUUUGACUUGUCAUGGAUUGCGAUUUGAAUGCUCAAGUGCUUCCAAAAUACAGGUGCUAGGACACCUCAGAAGAUUUGCAGCCAUCAUUUAUUCUCUUGGACUGGGUGGAUUCAUGGUUGGCAGCGUUAAGAGCUGACUGCAAGUUUGAAUCUGACGUGACAUCCCAGGACUCUGUCAAAUCAUAGCUGGUGCAUAUGAUGUUGUGAUCAUUGUAAAUAACUUAGUGAGAGCUUGGAUUUAACUGCGGGUUUUAUAUUGUUGUGCAAUAAUGGUGUUUGUACAACUGAGAUUAGCAAUAUUUUUUUUAGAAACAUGACUAAGCAUAGCAAUGUAAUGGUCCAGAUGUGUAAGCACAUCCUUUUCUAACCAGCUAUGUGAGAUAUGAUUUACCAAUAGUGUUUUUGGAGAAAGGGUGUUCAAGUGCUCUGAUUUAUCAAUAGUUAUUUGUACAAACCAAUGCAUAUCCUUCAAGUCCUC